AGCCUCCGAAGCCUGCACUCCCUAGCCACGCUCUGUUUGACGCUAUGAGUCUCCGGUCCAGCUCCGCCGCCCGCGUCCCCGGGCUUUCGGGCUUGCUAUGCAUGCCGCUUGCGCUGCUGUUGCUGCUGACACCGCCGAAGCCCUUCGCCAGCGCUGGUCCUGUCGCGGCUGUGGUUAGAGAGCUGCGCUGCGUGUGUUUAGACUUCACUCCUGGGAUUCACCCCAAAAUGAUCAGUAAUCUACAGGUGAUCGCCGCUGGCCCUCAGUGCCCCAAGGUGGAAGUGAUAGCCUACCUGAAGAAGAGCCAGAAGGAAGUCUGUCUGGACCCAACAGCCCCUUUGAUCAAGAAAAUCGUCCAGAGAAUUCUGGACAGUGGAAAACAGAAAAACUGAUGAGAAAGGACCAGGCAGUGGAAAAAUCACCCAGUUUUCAUCAGAUCGAUUUUCUACAGAUCUCUUACCCAGAGAAGAUAUAAAGCAAGCGUUAAUUUUCUCCAUUCAGUCACCUUUUUCAUGAAAUUCCCACUUUGGGGGGGUGGGGGCUGUUUUUCCCUGCAGCUUUCUGCUAAGCUUAUUAAGUAUUUACCGUAUUUCCUAUUUAUUUUAUCUGUUAUAUUAUUGAAACCUUUGACAAUUGACUAAAUUGUGCGCCAAGAAUCACUGGUUGUUAAGCUUUCAACGUGUCUUGAAAGUGAUUAUUGUAUUUCUCAAAUAUAUUCCUUAUAGUGUUACUGAAAAGUCUAUAGAUUUAAUAUGUUAAUAAUGUUUCAUUAGAAUGUUGCUGAUGGAGAUAAACUGCAAUCCUCACUCUUCUUAUGAAAUGAAAAAAUAUUUUGGUAUUGUUUUUUGGGGGAAUAUAUUAGAGAACUUAUUUACUCUUGACCCUGGGAUGCUGUUUAAGUUAUAUUGUGUUAGAAGGCUGGGUAUAUCAUACAGUUAUCUGUGUAGAAUGCAUUUCUUUAUUUAGAAUUUCUAAACGUUUAAGUUCUAAAAGAACUAACAUUAUUUUCCUAUAACUUUUAGACAUUUGAUGUCUUCUUAGUAUGGCAUAAUGUCAUUAUUUACUCAUUAAACUUUGGUUUUAUAUGCUAUUUAUUAAAUGUUAUAUUAGGAAUACUAAACUCUAGUAACUAUAUGUUUGGAUAGAUGAAGACACUAGGUAAUAGGUAAAUUUCUGAUUUCUAGUUUUUAUAGAAAUGCAUUCUUUUAAAUGGUUUUUAAAAUAAAAACAUUCUUAAUGGUGAUCUGCACUCUGAAAGUUUUAAAAACAUAUUCAAACUAAUUGAAUAUAAAUUCAUUACUUAGUCUUCCAAUAUAAACACUGCACUGCUAAGAGUUUUUGAUGGUUACAUUGUAUGUUUUUAAGUCUUGGGCUAUUUUGUUAUAAUGAGUUAUAUAUGCACUUCAUUCACUAUAUUAAAACUGUACUUUUGUGUCUCAUUUGUUAAUAGUACUUCUUUUGUUCUUUGGAGAAAAAAAAUAAAAGAUUUUAAA